UCAUAAAUACCAGUAAAGUUAUUUGAGUAAUAAAACAAUAUUGUGUAUAGUGAUUUAAAGAUUUUUUUAAUUUCGAAAGGGUUGUAACGAAACACGUAUUGUAUUAUCCAAAAUAGUUUUUAAAAAAUAUCAAGUGUUUUUCCUACCUUCAGCCGUGAGAGAAGAUUUUAGAAAUUAAAAUACUACCAAGUUUUUCUUUUUUGUGACAAAUCAGUGUAAGUUCAAUGAUGAACAAAUUGCUGCUUCUAUUUGGUGUUGUUGUAUUAACUUUUUCAUGUCCGUGUUGGUCAGCCAACAUAUUAGCUUUUCUACCGACAUUUGCACGGAGUCAUUAUGGCGCUUUCCAACCUAUGCUAAAAGAACUUGCAGUUCGAGGUCAUAAUCUAACAGUUUUAUCGCAUUUUCCUUUAAAAGAUCCACCUCCUAAUUACCAUCAUAUUGAUGUAUCGAUGAAGAAAAAUGAAUUUGCGUAUAAAAAUAAAAAUGACAGUAUUUUGAAUAAAGUUAAAUUUUUGAAGCCGCUGACAAUUCCCAUAGGAAUAAUAUUUCUCGGCACCAAAAUCAACGAGCAGACGUUAAACAAUAAAAAAGUUCAAGAAUUUAUCGAAGCAGAUGGUUAUCAGUUUGAUCUGGUUAUAUUUGAAAAUUUCCAACACGAAUGUUUCGUCGCCAUGGGUCAUAAAUACGGUGCACCUGUUGUACAACUAAUCCCAGCGACUCCGACCGCUUUUGUUUCUCAAUGGCAUAGCCAACCCUUUCAUCCUGCGUACAUACCCGAUCAGAAUUCUGGAUUUACGGAUCGCAUGCCGUUCUUUGACCGACUGACAAACGUUUUGGUCGCUCUCCUUCAAUUGACCCUCUAUCCGUUAUUCUAUAUGCCUAAACAAACCGAAAUUAUGAACAAAUAUUUCAACUACACCGGAUGGGAAACAAGACCGACGUUGGAAGAAAUGACCAAAAACAUAUCUUUAACACUAAUGAACGCACAUUUCACAAUCGGAUCGCCUCGGCCACUAGUUCCGUCAUUCGUACAAGUCGCCGGAAUGCAUUUGAAACCGGCUUCUCCGUUGCCAAAUGACCUGCAAGAAAUAAUGGACAACUCGCCCAACGGAGUGGUGUACUUCAGUUUUGGUUCUGUCGUCCAAGCUAUGCAUUUGCCAAAAGAAACUGUCACUAUGUUUUUGCGUCAGCUGGGGAAACUCAAGCAAACGGUUUUAUGGAAAUGGGAAUCGACCGAUUUACCAGAACUGCCGGCUAAUGUGAUUGUUCGAAAAUGGUUUCCACAAGUAGACAUACUCGGACAUCCAAACUGCACACUUUUUAUUACACACGGCGGCGUACACAGUACGGUAGAGGCAGUUUAUUAUGGUGUUCCGAUGUUGGCCAUAGCUAUUUUCGGAGAUCAAUGGUAUAACUCUAUAAUGAUGCAAACUAGAGGAGCAGCGAUACGAAUUAAGUACACCGAACUAACAGAAGACAUUUUCGAAGACAGUUUAAUUAAGAUACUCAAUGAUAAAACGUAUCAAGUUAAUGCCAAAGAAUUGUCUCGGCGGUUUAAAGAUCAACCUCUUAAGCCAGUCGAUAGAGCCGUUUAUUGGAUCGAGUAUGUGAUUCGUCACAAAGGGGCUCAUCAUCUUAAGACUGCCGCAAACAACUUAAAUUGGUUUCAAUUGUUACUCAUCGAUGUCGUCGGAGUUAUUUUAAUAAGCUUAUUUAUUUUUAUAUAUUUGCUUAAAAAAAUACUCAAAUUGUGUUGUUACUGUAUAACCCGUAGGUCAAAAAUUGAUAGUCAGAAAAAAAGUCAAUAAAAUUAAUAACGAUUUAAUAAGAUAUAUAUUUUUUUAAGAGCAUUGUAAUCAAAAUAAAUUGUAGAGGCCUUAUGAAUUAUUGUAUAUACGCACAUUUAGUAUAUUGUUUUGUUAAUUAAAUUAUUAUUUGUAAGCC